AUGGCGGCCACAGGUCCACCUGGGCAUCUUUUCCUUGACCACCUCCCUCCAGUAGGUCUCACAGGAACCAAGUACGCCUGCGGCAGAGGGAGCUGCGGCGCCUGUACCGUGAUGGUGUCCAAGUGUGACCCUGUGUCCAAGAAGAUAAGACACUUCUCCAUCACCGCAUGCCUGGUGCCCAUCUGCUCUCUCUAUGGAGCUGCUGUCACCACUGUGGAAGGUGUGGGAAGCAUCAAAACCAAGCUUCACCCUGUGCAGGAGAGGAUCGCCAAGAGCCACGGCACCCAGUGUGGAUUCUGCACCCCUGGGAUGGUGAUGUCCAUGUACACACUGCUCAGGAACCACCCACAGCCCUCAGAGGAGCAGCUCAUGGAAGCCCUGGGAGGCAAUCUGUGCCGCUGCACUGGGUACCGGCCAAUUCUCGAGAGUGGAAAGACCUUCUGCAUGGAGUCGAAUGGCUGUCAGCAGAAGGGAGCAGGAGGAUGCUGCUUGGCUCAGGGAGAAGAGGAUUCUUCCUCACUCUGCAGGAGCACCGACAUUUCCACAGAGUUAUUUGCGAAAGAUGAGUUCCAGCCCUUGGACCCUACUCAGGAGCUCAUAUUCCCCCCAGAACUCUUGAGACUGGCAGAGAACCCAGAAGAAAGAACCCUGACCUUUCAUGGAGAAAGGGUUACCUGGAUCUCCCCUGGGACCCUCAAGGAUCUCCUGGAGCUGAAAGUGAAGCACCCAGAAGCGCCUCUCGUCCUGGGCAACACCUCACUGGGACCUGCAAUGAAAUCUCAAGGACAUGUUCACCCAAUUCUCCUCUCUCCUGUGAGGAUUUCAGAGCUGAGUAUGGUGUCUACAACAAGUGAGGGACUCACCAUAGGCGCCGGCUGCAGCCUGGCCCAGGUGAAGGACAUCUUGGCUGAGAGGGUGUCCGAGCUCCCAGAGGAGAAAACGCAGACCUACCGAGCCCUCCUGAAGCACCUGAAGAGCCUGGCGGGCCAGCAGAUCCGGAACAUGGCGUCCUUAGGAGGACAUAUCAUCAGUCGGCACUGCUACUCGGAUCUGAACCCAAUCCUGGCUGUGGGCAACGCUACCCUCAAUCUGAUAUCCGCAGGAGGCGCCCGGCAGGUUCCGCUAAGCGAGCACUUUCUUGCCGGGUUGGCAAGUGCAGACCUCAGGCCGGAGGAGGUUCUGGAAUCUGUGCACAUCCCUCACUCUCAAAAGGGGGAGUUGGUGUCGGCCUUCCGACAGGCGCAGUGCCAGCACAACGCCUGGGCCCACGUGAACGCGGGCAUGCGGGUCCUCCUCAAGGAGGGCACCGACACCAUCGAGGACCUGAGCAUCGCCUUCGGGGGGCUCGGGGCGGCCACCGUCAGCGCCCGCCAAUCCUGCCAGCAGCUCCGAGGGAGGCGCUGGAACGAGCUGAUGCUGGACGAGGCCUGCCGGCUGCUCCUGGACGAAGUCUCCCUCCCAGGCUCGGCUCCGGGGGGGAGGGUGGAGUUCAAGAGGACUCUGGUGGUCAGCUUCCUCUUCAAGUUCUACCUGCAAGUGCUGCAGACACUGAAGCCGCUGGCAGAGCGGCCCUCUGCGCCUGACGGCCUUCGAUAUCCUGACGUCUCAGACCCGUUCCUUAGCGGGCUGGAAGAUUUGUCCGUCACGGUGCCCCAGGGAGUCCAGAGGUACCAGAGUGUGGACUCUCGCCAACCCCUCCAAGAUCCGGUGGGACGUCCCAUCAUGCACCUAUCAGGUCUCAAACAUGCCACAGGUGAAGCCAUGUUUUGUGAUGACAUCCCCAGGGUGGAAAAGGAACUUUUCAUGGCCUUGGUGACCAGUACCAGAGCCCAUGCAAAAAUUAUAUCAAUUGACUUGUCAAAGGCCCUUGAACUGCCUGGGGUGGUUGAUGUGAUAACAGCUGAAGACAUUCCAGGCACCAAUGGUACUGAAGAUGAGAAAUUGUUGGCUGUAGAUGAGGUACUUUGUGUGGGUCAAAUCAUCUGUGCUGUGGCUGCAGAGACAGAUGUACAGGCGAAACGUGCAAUUGAAGAGAUAAAGAUCACCUAUGAAGAUCUGGAGCCCGUAAUCGUCACCAUCGAGGAUGCCAUAAAACACAACUCAUUCCUAUGCCCUGAGAAGAAACUUGAACAAGGAAACAUUGAGGAAGCAUUUGAAAAAGUCGAUCAAAUUGUUGAAGGAGAGGUCCAUGUUGGAGGACAGGAACACUUUUACAUGGAAACACAAAGAGUGCUUGUUAUUCCAAAGACUGAGGACAACGAACUGGACAUCUAUGUCUCAACCCAGGAUCCAGCCCACGUGCAGAAAACAGUGUCUUCUACUUUAAACAUCCCAAGCAACAGGAUCACCUGUCAUGUGAAACGAGUGGGUGGAGGUUUUGGCGGGAAAGUAGGAAAAUCAGCUGUGUUCGGAGCUAUUGCAGCUGUGGGUGCCAUCAAAACUGGUCACCCUGUUCGUCUUGUUCUUGAUCGUGAAGAUGACAUGUUAAUAACUGGGGGAAGACACCCAUUAUUUGGAAAAUAUAAAGUGGGAUUCAUGAACAACGGGCGGAUCAAAGCUCUAGACAUUGAGUGCUUCAUUAACGGAGGGUGCACACUGGACGACUCGGAGCAGGUAACAGAAUUCCUUGUACUAAAGCUGGAAAAUGCAUAUAAAAUCCGAAACCUCAGGUUCCGGGGCCGUGCCUGUAUGACCAACUUACCAUCCAACACGGCCUUUCGCGGAUACGGCUUCCCACAAGGAACCCUGGUAACAGAAUCUUGCAUCACAGCUGUGGCAGCCAAAUGUGGCCUUCUGCCAGAGAAGGUUAGGGAGAAAAACAUGUACAAAACUGUGGAUAAAACCAUCUACAAACAAGCCUUCAGCCCCGAGAACCUGAUACGAUGUUGGGACGAAUGUCUGGACAAGUCUUCCUUUGGCAGCAGAAGAAAGCAAGUGGAAGCAUUUAAUAAGAAGAAUUACUGGAAGAAGAAAGGACUUGCCAUUAUCCCCAUGAAGUUUUCAGUCGGCUUUGGUGCCACUAGCUACCAUCAGGCAGCUGCACUGGUUCAUAUCUACACAGACGGGUCUGUAUUGGUCACACACGGAGGCAACGAACUGGGACAAGGUAUUCACACCAAAAUGCUACAGGUGGCCAGCCGUGAAUUAAAAAUACCUAUGUCUUACAUGCACAUCUGUGAGACAAGUACAGCUACGGUGCCUAAUACAAUUGCUACAGCUGCCUCCAUCGGUUCAGAUGUCAAUGGCAGAGCCGUGCAGAACGCUUGUCAGAUCCUUCUGAAACGCCUUGAGCCCAUCAUUAAGAAAAAUCCAGAAGGUUCCUGGGAAAACUGGAUAGAAGCUGCUUUUGAACAAAGAAUCAGUCUCUCGGCCACAGGAUACUUCAGGGGCUACAAGGCCUUCAUGGACUGGGAGAAGGGGGAGGGAGACCCGUUUCCUUACUAUGUCUACGGAGCAGCCUGCUCUGAGGUGGAAAUCGACUGCCUGACAGGAGCCCACAAGAAAAUCAGAACAGACAUUGUCAUGGAUGCGUGUUGCAGCCUGAACCCAGCCAUUGAUAUCGGGCAGGUCGAAGGUGCGUUUAUCCAGGGCAUGGGCCUUUACACCACUGAAGAGCUGAAAUAUUCCCCGGAAGGUGUCCUGUACUCACGAGGCCCAGAUGACUACAAAAUUCCAACCAUCACAGACGUCCCAGAGGAGUUCAAUGUCUCCUUGUUGCCGGCAUCCCAAACCCCAGUAAACAUCUAUUCCUCCAAGGGCCUGGGGGAGUCCGGAAUGUUCCUGGGGUCAUCUGUAUUCUUUGCCAUCACUGAUGCUGUGGCCGCCGCACGCAGAGAGAGAGACAUAGCCGAAGACUUCACAGUGGAGAGCCCAGCAACCCCUGAGUGGGUCCGGAUGGCCUGUGCAGACCGGUUCACAGAGAUGAUCCCAAGAGAUGACCCUAAGACAUUUAGACCUUGGUCUAUCCCUAUAGCAUAGCACUGCUGUCACUUUUCUGAAAGGUGCUUCAGUUUUCUACAAGUGAAAAGAUGGCUUGUUAAUCCUAACUGGACUCCACACUGAUAUUCUUAUAGUGAUAUGAAGAAGAAAAAAUGACACAAAACUUAGAAACAUUAUUCAAGUCUGAUUACCUUGACAAGAUGAAUCAUUAUUUACGAAUCAUUAAUUUAGACUUUCUGGCCUAGAGGCCACCAGACAACCACUGGGAUAGUCACACACAGCAAUCAAUCUUAAUGCUAAGUUGUUUCUGACAGCAUCAUGUCAAUAUUGCUGUAAAAGCAAAUCUUUCCUUUGUGUUUAUCCAAUAUCAUUGGACUGUAAUGCAGGCUACAAUCCUAGAAUGAAAGACACUUCGCAGUAGAUAAGCAUGUGAUUACUUUCCCCAGGGAUGUGUUUGAUUCAGUGGCCACAGUUAGGGACACCACAGAGUUCUACAAGGUUUGAUUUUAUUUUGUUUUUACUGUGGAUUAGCUAUGGGUCCGUGUAUGUGCAUUUGACAGCAAAGCAGUUGUAUUUUCCUCAUUGUAGAUGAGUUAUUCAACUGGUUGAUAUUCUUUUGGAAUUUGGAAGGCAAAAGCAUUGUAAAAAAUGUUUUCAAUGUAGUAUCAUAAAACCCUUUUACUUCUUAAAUCUGUUUAUAAAAAAAAAACACCUGAUCUGGUAUCAGAGUUUCAGGAAAACUUCAUUGCUCCAUUUCCCAUAUAUUGAAGUGGGUAACACAGAGCAAAAAAAAUUCUAAAUUGUAAUCACCCUAUGUUGAAGUUGGAAACAUGCAGGGUCCACCAAAUUUUAUUCCUCGAUUUUAGAGGCCUUCAGAGAAGGAGAAACCAGCAAAUGAAUUAUUCCGUAUUUGACCAGAAAGUCAGGGGGUAAACUGACAUUCUAUCAACCAGAAUUCAUAUGAUCAGGCUCACCAAGCCUUCCACUACAGUGACUCCUUGAAGCGAAUGAAGGAUAGGCCGAGCUGAGAGCGUUUGGUGGUUGGUGAGAGAAGGUAAACAUUAGACAUGCCUUACAGCCUGGAGGAGGUUGAAGGUCAGGGGAGGCACUGAGCCCAUGUGAUUGAAGGGACUGGGACACAGCUGUUCACAGGCCCAUCCGCUGACUUUGGAGGCUCCACUAGGGCACAGGAGUCCAGGGGAGAAAGUGGGACAGGAGCACAAGGAGAAAGGAGUCGGGAGCAGAGGGGUCAUGGGCAGGACAAAAUUUACGAACGAUUUUUGAACACAUGAGCAGAAGAGUUGGGGAACUUAGUGGGAGCAGCCGGGGUGAAAUAAGUUGAAGUAAAAAGAUGUUUUAGCCCUGGCCACAGCGGCUCAGUUGGUUGAGCAUCAUCCCAUGCACCAAAAGUUCACUGGAUUUAUUCCCAGUCAGGGCACAUACCUCCAGUUUAUGGGUUCAAUUCCCGGUUGGGGCAUGUAGGAGGCAAUUAGUGUUUCUCUCUCUUUCCCUCUCUCUCUAAAAUAAAUAAAAAUCAUAUUUUAAAAAGAUUUACUUCUUUUUUUAAAGAUGUUUUGAAAACGUAAGUGAAGCCUUGGCCGGGUUGCCCAGUGGGUUGGAGCACUUUGGCUCACACAGCUACUACAGAGAGAGCACACGAGUGAACGCGCAGGCAGAAGCGUGCUGCCGAGACAGCUCUUUGUUACGAUCUGGUUAUAGACUCUGGACUUGGGAGAGAGCAGGCUUUCUUUCAAACUAGCCAAUCUCUGUCCUAUCUCCUGUGGGCUGGUGCUGCAUCCUCCCCGUCCCC